GAAAAGGAAGUCUCGCCAGCUGGAGGCAGCUGGGGCUGGCGGCUUGGAGGCCUUCCUGGGCUCUCGUUGACGUCCCCGUGUCCUCCGCGUCCUCUCCGGGCUGGCGGCGGCCGGCCUCAGACGCCGGGGGCCCAGGGCGUGCGGCCUGGAUUUUCUUAUGACAUCUUAAAUAUGAGUGCCACACAGUGGGAUUUCCCUGUGGAAUUAUGUUGUCGGCCUAUGGCUUUUGUCACACUUACGGGCCUAGAUGUAGUAUACAAUGCUGUCCAUCGAGCUGUCUGGGAUGCUUUUUGUGCCAAUCGAAGAGCUGAUCGGGUACCAAUUUCUUUCAAGGUGCUCCCAGGUGACCAUGAAUAUCCCAAAUGUAGAACAAAGAGGACAUCAUAUGAAUGGUACAUUCCUAAAGGGAUCUUAAAGACUGGCUGGAUGAAUAAGCAUCUGAAUCUGGUGCCAGCCCUGGUGGUUGUCUUCUAUGAACUGGACUGGGAUGAGCCUCAAUGGAAAGAAAAGCAGUCUGAAUGUGCGACCAGGGUGGAAAUCGUCAGACAAAGUUUACAAGGAAGGAACACAAAAGUUGCAGUGGUUCUGAUUCAGAAGAAGACCCCUCUGCCACCAGGAGAAGAUGUGAUUGCUUCAGAAAGGGCAGCAGCUCUCUGCAAUGCAUGUGAACUCUCAGGAAAGUCCUUGUUCGUGUUGCCCCACACUGACCACCUCGUGGGGUAUAUUAUAAGGUUAGAGAAUGCCUUUUAUGAACAUGCACAAAAUUAUUACUACACAGAGCUCAGAAGAGUGAAAUCUCAUAAGGAAUUUCUCAAUAAAACGACACACCAGCUGUUAUUUGUGAGACAUCAGUUCAAAAUAGCUUUCUUCAGUGAGUUGAAACAAGAUACACAAAAUGCUCUCAAGAAUUAUAGGACUGCCUAUAAUCUUAUACAUGAAUUGAGAGCCCAUGAAAUUAAUAUAAUGGAAAUUAAGACGAUAGCAGGAUUUAUAAACUACAAGAUCUGUAGGCUAUGUUUUCAACAUAACACCCCACUGGAUGCAAUUGCUCAAUUUCGAAAGCACAUCGACUUGUGUAAGAAAAAGAUUGGAAGUGCAGAAUUGUCUUUUGAGCAUGCUGCAUGGAUGUCUAAGCAAUUCCAGGCCUUUGGAGACCUAUUUGAUGAAGCUAUUAAAUUAGGGUUAACAGCUAUUCAAACUCAGAAUCCUGGUUUCUAUUAUCAGCAGGCCGCAUACUAUGCCCAGGAACGGAAACAGCACGCAAAAGUCCUUUGUAACCAUGAGGCUUCUGUAACGUAUCCCAGUCCCGAUCCCUUAGAAACACAAACAGGCGUUCUUGACUUUUAUGGACAAAGGUCAUGGCGACAAGGAGUACUAAGUUUUGAUCUUUCUGAUCCUGAAAAAGAGAAGGCAGGAAUACUUGCCAUUCAGUUGAAGGAGAAAAAUGUUGUUCACUCUGAGGUAAUAAUAACUCUUCUGAGCAAUGCUGUUGCACAAUUCAAAAAGUAUAAGUGUCCAAGAAUGAAAAGUCAUCUAAUGGUUCAAAUGGGAGAAGAAUAUUAUUAUGCAAAGGAUUAUACCAAAGCUUUGAAGUUGUUGGAUUAUGUGAUGUGCGAUUACCGCAGUGAAGGGUGGUGGACUCUGCUCACAUCUAUACUGACAACAGCACUGAAGUGUUCCUACCUCAUGGCCCAGCUGAAGGAUUACAUUACAUACUCCCUAGAACUCCUUGGCAGAGCUUCUACUCUUAAAGAUGAUCAGAAAUCUCGGAUAGAAAAGAACCUCAUAAAUGUUCUAAUGAAUGAAAGUCCUGAUCCUGAGCCUGAUUGUGAUAUCCUAGCUGUGAAGACUGCUCAGAAGCUGUGGGCAGACCGAGUUUCUCUGGCUGGCAGCAAUGUUUUUACAAUAGGUGUACAGGACUUUGUGCCAUUUGUACAAUGUAAAGCCAAGUUUCAUGCUCCAAGUUUUCAUGUUGAUGUUCCUGUUCAAUUUGAUGUUUAUCUAAAGGCUGAUUGUCCACAUCCCAUUAGGUUCUCCAAGCUCUGUGUCAGCUUUAAUAAUCAGGAAUAUAACCAGUUCUGUGUCAUAGAAGAAGCAACCAAAGCAAGUGAAGUUUUAGAAAAUUUGACCCAAGGCAAGAUGUGCUUAGUUCCUGGUAAAACAAGAAAAUUGUUGUUUAAAUUUGUUGCAAAAACUGAAGAUGUUGGAAAGAAAAUUGAGAUUACUUCUGUGGAUCUGGUUCUGGGCAGCGAGACUGGCAGGUGUGUGGUUUUGAGUUGGCAGGGAGGGGGAGGAGAUGCUGCUUCCUCCCAGGAAGCACUGCUGGCUGCCCGGUCUUUCAAAAGAAGACCUAAGCUUCCAGACAACGAGGUUCACUGGGACAGCAUCAUAAUCCAGGCAAGCACCAUGAUAAUUUCCAGAGUCCCAAACAUUUCUGUACAUCUGCGACAUGAACCUCCUGCCCUGAUGAAUGAAAUGUAUUCUUUGAUUGUGACUGUUCAGUCCCAUGAAAAGACUCAAAUCAGAGAUGUGAAGCUCACUGCUGGUUUAAAGCCAGGACAGGAUGCCAAUUUAACCCAGAAAACUCAUGUGACUCUCCUUGGAACAGAACUAUGUGAUGAGUCCUACCCGGCUUUACUCACUGACAUUCCUGUUGGAGACUUGCAUCCAGGGGAACAGCUGGAAAAAACAUUAUAUAUUCGCUGUGGAACAGUGGGCUCAAGAAUGUUUCUUGUAUAUGUUUCUUACGUGAUCAAUACAACUGUUGAAGAAAAAGAAAUUGUUUGCAAGUGUCACAAGGAUGAAACUGUGACUAUAGAAACAGUCUUUCCUUUCGAUGUUGCAGUUAAGUUUGUUUCCACAAAGUUUGAGCACCUGGAAAGGGUCUAUGCUGACAUUCCUUUUCUGCUCAUGACGGACCUCUUAAGUGCCUCACCCUGGGCCCUCACAGUUGUGUCCAGUGAGCUGAAGCUUGCUUCAUCUAUGACUUCAGUGGAUCAGUUGGAGUCCCAGCUGGACAGAGUUGUCUUACAGACUGGAGAGAGUGCUAGCGAAUGCUUUUGUCUUCGAUGCCCCUCUGUUGGAAAUGUCGAAGGUGGAGUGGCAACUGGACAUUAUAUUAUCUCCUGGAAAAGGACUUCAGCCAUGGAAAACAUCCCUGUCAUCAGUACUAUCAUCACACUGCCACAUGUGAUUGUAGAAAAUAUUCCUCUCCAUGUGAGCGCAGAUCUGCCAUCAUUUGGGCGUGUUAGAGAAUCAUUACCCGUCAAAUAUCACUUACAGAACAAGACCGACUUAGUUCAAGAUGUGGAGAUUUCUGUGGAACCCAGCGAUGCCUUCAUGUUCUCGGGUCUCAAACAGAUUCGAUUACGUAUUCUACCUGGCACCGAACAGGAAAUGUUAUACAAUUUCUAUCCUCUAAUGGCGGGAUACCAGCAACUACCAUCUCUCAACAUCAAUCUACUUAGACUUCCUAACUUCACAAAUCAGCUGCUCAAACGUUUUAUACCUACCAGUAUUUUCGUAAAGCCACAGGGUCGACUGAUGGAUGAUGCCUCAAUUGCUGCUGCAUGAUGCUCAAGACCAGAAGACUUGUUCUUACAGAAGACUCAGGCAGAGCUAACAUAGGUAUCUUACUGUGGCCUGUAGAUUUGAUCAUGGUAAAAAAAUUAAUCUUUUCUAUUUUUUAAUGGACGUCAUAUCAACCCUUUGGAGGAAUUAUUGCUGAAAACAUUAGGAAAAUCACCCUCUCUUAUAGUUUUACUAAUAAAAAUUUGAAAGCUU